AUGGCCGCCGCCGAUGUUCGCGACAUGCUGGAUCUGCCCGCGGAGGGCCAGCAACCCCGACCGCAUAAGAAGCAGAAGGUCGUUGAGAAGAGACCAGAGGGUAUUACUCGCGAGCUUUACGCCCUGCUUGGCGAAAGAGCGCCUCCGAUCGCCAUCAAUGAGAACCGAUACAAGGGCCGCCCGAAAUGGAUGAGCAAAUUGCGAGUCCGCCCAUGGAGCAUGGCCCCGUUUACCAACGAUGCGCGAUCCGACGGCCUCGUACUUCGACACUGGCAAAGACAACAUGAAACGGCUAAACCCGCAGCAAUCGAGGGCUCGGAGAUGGACACCGACGGACCAAAGCAGGAAGAAGAUGCAGAUAAACCCGCUGAGAAAGAAUAUUCAUUCGCCAAAUACAACAUCAAGCCGCGAGUUCCGAACCGAUACACCGAUGAGGAGUACAACCGCCAUCUGAGGAGCGAUGACUGGACGCGGGAGGAGACAGAUUACCUGCUGGACAUGGCUGAAGAGUACGAUCUCCGAUGGGUAGUGAUUGCCGAUCGCUACGACUACCAGCCGCACCCGGUCGAUGCGGCAGAGAAUGCCACCGCGCUCGUACCGGCGAGGAGCGCUCGCACGAUGGAAACAAUGAAGGCGCGGUAUUACUUUGUUGCUGCCUCAAUGCUCGCCCUCGAGCACCCGCCAUCCGAGAUGUCUGUGGCAGAGUUCGAGUUGCACGAGAAGAUGUUGAGGUUCGACCCCGAACGCGAGCGAACCCGCAAGGAUCUUGCCUCGCUGCAACUCAACCGCACCGCAGACGAGGUGCGCGAGGAAACCAUUCUAUUGGAGGAACUGAAGCGCAUCACGGCCAACGAGCAGGAUUUCAUCGCCGAACGCAGGGAGCUGUACUCCCGCCUCGAAGCUCCCAUCAGUGUGGGCAACACCACCAUGUACCAGUCCAGCCAAGGACUAUCCCAGCUACUCCAGAAUCUCCUCCAGGCCGACAAGACCAAGAAGAGACGCUCCAUCCUCGGCCCCGAGGGUGCAGCACCCAGCCCGGCCGGACAGACCCCCGCUCCAAGCGCAGGCGGCCCUGCUGCCCGAGAAAGCCGCGCCGAAACCCCCAGCUCCGCGGCUCCUGCUCCCACGAACAAGAAAGCUGCCGCUGCCGCUGCCGCCGCGGCGGCCGCAGCCACCAAGGACACCCAGCAGGCUGUCAAAACGCUCACACCCGCCGAAGAGGCCCGAUACGGUGUCCAGCAUCAUGACCGUCUGGCUCCGAGCGUCCAGUUCCGCAGUGACCGAGCCCAGAAGCUGACGCAGGCCAAAUCCAACGUGCAAACCCAGAAGCUGGCUGCCGCUCUCGCCGAAAUGGAGAUCCCGCUCCGACUGGUCAUGCCCACGGAGCGAGUGUGCAAGGAGUUCGAGAAGCUGAUCCACUCGGUGAACCUGCUGCUCGAUGCGCGCAAGGUGGCCGAGAAGGUGGAGAGUGAGAUCCGCGUCCUCGAGGCCGCCAAGGAGGAAAGGGAGCGGAAAGCCAGAGAGGCGAGAGAGAAGGAGAACCCGCAAGUGAAGGCCGAACAGGAGGAUGACUCGGUGCCCACGGCGAGCGCUGCCCCGGAGUCUGCUCCUGCGGCGCCGAUUGCUGACGGGGGCGCCGAACCAACCGGUGAAGGAGAAGGCAAAGGUACCGAACCCGGGGCUGAUGCGAGAGCUGCGGAUCCCACGCCUGUGAAGGACCGAGAAAAUACCUCCAAUAAGCGCUCCGCCAGCGUCUUGAGCAAUUCAAGUGAUAAGAGUGCCAAGCGGCAAAGGAAAUAA